CCACAUCCUGAGUUCAUCUCUCGUUGCAUAACGGCCUCCGCUCCGCUCCAUCACUGCUCACCAUUGGCUAUCAACUACCAAACGCUAGGAACUCCAACCAACAAUUCCUACGCCCGCCGUAGAGCUCUGGCAGAAUGUCCAACCUUCACAGCUACGUUAACAAAAAGGUCCUUAUUGUUACGGCUGAUUCGAGAACAUUGGUCGGAAACUUAUUAAGCUGUGACCAACAAACCAACUUAGUCCUCGGCCAGACCAUCGAACGAGUUAUACGAACACCUGACGACGACGAGGCGUCCACAGAGGUGCCAUUAGGUCUCUACAUAGUACGAGGAGACAAUGUCUGCGUAGUGGGGUUGGUCGAUGAAGCUCUCGACGACAGCAUCAACUGGGAACAAGUGAAAGGCUCGGCAAUUGGUGGUAUCAAGCACAUAUAAUAUCGUGGAUGGUGAAAAAAAAAGGGAGAAAAGAAGAAAAAGAAGAAAUGAGAUUCAUACGACCGGUCAUGGACGACCGCAUUUACUGGCGUUGAGGACAAGUUUUGGCUUUGCGAGGGAUCGAUCCUUCUUAGGGUAUGCUCUUU